GACACCGACUGUUCAUCAUGGAUUUAUCUCCUAGGGCUCUGAUCCUGUGCUUCCUAACAUGUUCAGUGGCUGCUGACACUCCGGUUGUCUCCGUGGAGCCUCGGUCUGCUGCUGUGCGCCAAGGAGAGUCCGUCAGCUUCAGGUGCCAAGCGAGGAGCAACGUGCAACCAGUGCAGCUGGAAUGGAAGAAAGCCAAUAACCAACCAUUCCUGGACAAUGUAAAGAUCGGUCCUGAUGGGACUGUGCUGACGGUUGCCAACGCUCGACUUGGAAAUCAGGGUCAGUUUCGCUGCGUGGCCAUCAGCUCUGCUGGUCGCAGCUUUGCCAACGCUGCGCUCACCGUUAAACAUGUUCCCAAAGUACAGCUGACGCCAGCAGGGCCCCUGCAGGUCAGAGUGGGUGACCCUGUGUCAGUGGAGUGCAGGGCCACCGGCAGGCCACGCCCCACAGUUGCCUGGCAACGCCAAGGCUCCACCACACAGCUGGUUACCGAGGAGAUAAACUUUGUUAACAUUCUAAAGUGGUCUGCGAUACGUCAGGAGGACUCGGGGGAGUAUAUUUGCCAGGCUGGGAACAACUUGGGAGUGUCAGAAGCCAGAAUUGAGAUUAUUGUGGGGGGGGCUCCUGGAGCACCUGUGGCUUCAGUGAACCUUGAAGAAAUUACUGCAGUAGAGGGACAAACAGUUACGAUGGAGUGCCAGGCAUCUGGCUCCCCUCCUCCUGAGAUCAGCUGGUCUAAGCUGCGAGCACCACUUCCAUGGCAACACACAGUAGAUGGUGGCGUUCUGACCCUGACCUCAGUGGGCCGCCAAGACUCAGGACAGUACAUCUGCAAUGCAACCAACGUCAAUGGCUACAGCGAGGCCUACACGCAGAUGGAGGUGGAGACUCCUCCGUAUGCCACCUGCCUGCCUGACCAAGUGAGGCUCAAGCCCGGAGGAUCUCUGGUCGUGCAGUGUCUCGCCCACGGCUCCCAUCCCAUCAGCUUCACCUGGACUCGGUUGGGCAGGGUCGGCUUGCCUGCGGCAGCAGUGGCCGCAGCAGAUGGAAGGCUGAUGAUAGCCCGUGUCAAGCAGAACGACAGCGGAACGUACAAAUGUGUUGCCACCAACCACAUCGGCUCCAGUGAAGCGCAGGCAAAAGUCAUUAUUAAAGCUUAAAACACGAUGAUCACGCUGUUUCACACUGGGAAAGAUAAUCUAUGAAGCAUAUUUCAUAAAACAAAUAUAUGUAUUCUGAUAGACAAAAGUUAAACUUAUGUUGACAUUCACAAGACAUUUCAGUCUUCUGUGCCUUCAUGUGAUUUGAUGCUCUCAGUAAAUGUUUACAGCAACUCAGUGACUGAUAUUUAACUGUAUGUACAAGGAAAUGCCUACUGGAUAAAAUGGAGACAAAACUCAUUCAAUUCAGUUUUAUUUAUACAGCGUCAAGUCAC